GCUGCUGAUGUGAAGCGACAGACAGGCGGCAGAAGACAGCAGAGGACAACAGUAAAGCCACUCAAGAGAUUAGCGUCCACAUGUCCCGGCAGCAGGGACACUGUCCGGCUCUGUAAACCUCUACAGUGCGUGUGUGUGGUGGGAGGAUCAUCACAGGCUGCUCAUUCACUUCCUCAGCCCCUGCCUGCACAACACACACACACACACACACACACACACACACACACACACACACUCACACACACUCGGCUGGUGGCUUGUCACAGUGGAUGCUCAGCACUUCUUCCCCGGGCUGCAGACACAAUGCCAGGCGAUGGCUUCACCAUUAAAAGUCGCAUCAGGAAUUUGUUGCGUUCUCCGUCAGCCAGGCACAAGAAGAACAGGAAGGAGAGUCUCAGCAGCAAGGUGACUUUGGAGAAGGUGUUAGGAAUCACUGCUUCAGGAAACAGCGGGCUGGCCUGUGACCCCCGAUCUGGUCUAGUCGCCUAUCCUGCAGGGUGUGUGGUAGUUUUGCUGAACCCCAAAAAGAACAGACAGCACCACAUUAUCAACACGUCAAGAAAGACCAUCACAGCUCUGUCCUUCUCCCCUGAUGGCAAAUACUUGGUCACAGGAGAGAGCGGUCACCUGCCAGCAGUUAGACUGUGGGACGUGGCAGAACGAAGACAGGUGGCAGAGCUCCAGAAGCACAACUAUGGCGUCUCUUGUGUGGCUUUCUCCCCCAACAGCAAAUACAUUGUCAGUGUGGGAAACCAGCAUGACAUGAUGGUCAACGUCUGGGCGUGGAAGAAAGAUGUCGUUGUGGCUGCCAACAAGGUGUCCAGUAAGGUGACAGGUGUGUCUUUCUCUGAGGACAGCUCCUACUUUGUAACUGUGGGAAACAGACAUGUCAAGUUCUGGUAUCUGGACCACUGCAAGGCCAGCAAGGCCAGCACUCCUGUCCCUCUGCUGGGCCGCUCAGGGCUGCUGGGGGAGCUGAGGAACAACUUCUUCUGUGAUGUGGCCUGUGGACGGGGCUCUACGUCUGACUCCAUCUUCUGCAUCACCUCCUCUGGCCUGCUGUGCGAGUUUAACAGCAAGAGGGUGCUGGACAAGUGGGUGGACCUGCAGACGGGCAUGGCCCAGUCCCUGUCUCUGUCUGAGGAUAUGAUCUUCUGUGGCUGUGCUGAUGGAACAGUGCGAGCCUUCAGCCCUGCCGACCUUCACUUUGCCUGCACGUUGCCGCGGCCGCACCCCCUUGGCUGUGACAUCUCGGCCAUCACCGAGGCCAGCCACCUGUUCUCCACCAAGCCGGAUGCCCGUUACCCAGACGUCAUCGCCGUGAUCUAUGACCCUAUCAGCCAGUGGCUCAGCUGUGUUUAUAACGACCACAGUGUGUACGUGUGGGAUGUGAGAGACGUCAGCAGGGUGGGGAAGGUGCACUCUGCCCUCUUCCAUGCUGCCUGUGUCGGGGACCUGGAGAUGUUCCCAGAUGUUCCCGGGGAAUUUGGUGCUGGUUUGUCAUCAGGUGCAUUCCUGAGCUGCUCAGCAGAUAACACCAUCAGACUGUGGCGCGUGGGCGACUGGACACAAACUCAUGUUCAUUCUCAGAACAUCCUCAGCAGUGAUCUCCUGAAUAUAAUCUACGUAGACGGAAACACCAGUGCCUUGCUGGAUCCGGAGUGUUUGACAAAUAUGAAUGCGGACAAACCAGGAGAUGGACAGACAGCAGAAAGCAGGACCGGCAUCCGGACCAUCUGUGUCAGUCCAGACGGCAAACACCUGGCAUCUGGAGAUCGCAACGGGAUGCUAAGGGUUCACGACCUCAGCAGCAUGGAGGAGAUUCUGAAAGUGGAGGCCCACGAUGCUGAGAUCCUCUGUCUCGAAUACAGUAAACCAGAAACAGGUCUGAAGCUGCUGGCCACAGCUAGCAGGGACCGUCUGAUCCACGUCUUGGAUGCUGAGGACGACUACAGUCUGGUGCAGACACUCGACGAGCACUCUUCAUCCAUAACAGCCGUCCGCUUUGCUGCCAAUGACAACAAGGUGAGGAUGAUCAGCUGUGGGGCAGACAAGAGCAUCUACUUCCGCACUGCACACAAGACUGACAGAGGAACAGAGUUCAGGCGUUCACACCACAUGGUGAGGAAGACCACGCUGUACGACAUGGGCGUAGACCCCACCUGCAAGUAUGCUGCUGUCGGCUGUCAGGACCGCUGCAUCAGGAUUUUUAACAUCAGCAGUGGUAAACAGAAGAAACUCUACAAGGGAUCACUGAGUGAGGACGGCAGUCUGCUCAGGGUUCAGCUUGAUCCGUCCGGUCAAUACGUGGCCACCAGCUGCUCCGAUAAAAACAUCUGCAUCUUUGACUUCUACACUGGGGAGUGUGUCGCCACUAUGGAUGGACACUCUGAGAUUGUCACGGGGAUGAAGUUCACCAACGACUGCAGGCAUUUGGUUUCUGUGUCGGGGGACAGCUGUAUCUUUGUGUGGCGACUGGCUCCAGAACUGACAAUCAGCAUGAGAGAGAGGCUCUGCCAGCUACGACAAAACCCAAACACACCACCCAGCAAGACCUCCAGCCUCAGGCGAGAGGUGUACAGUGCCCCCACUCUGGGUGGGCUGUCCUCUGACAGUGACCGUGAGCAGGAGGAGGACGACGGAGCAGAGAAUGACGACCCCAAUGACCCAGAGGACAUUGCAACUAAUAGUUCAUCUGACAGCAGCCAUGGAGAGGAGGACACAGGUGGCUCAGAUGAAGGACAGGACUGGGAGCUGACGAAGCAUGGAGUCGUCAGCCAGGUCACACCUGACUCCUCUAAACGCCCUCGGAGGCGCUGGUCUCAUCGUAUGGGCUCUGUGGAGCUGAUGGUGAAAUCCAUGCUGGACCUGAGGCAUCUGGAGACCUUUGCUCCCAAGAAUAACUGCCCCCCUCAUGACAAAGAGAGACGGACCACGUCCAGUGUCCAGGAGCCCAUGCUGCAGUUGGAGGAGAGAGCCAAGAGGCAUCGGCCCUGGCCACAUGCUGACUGGCUGUCCUCACACCCAUCCAAGGGCAUCAGGGGGACUGAUGGAGCCGUGCUCUACCCCGAGGAGAACGAGGGCGACGCAGGUCUGCAGGGCAGUGGUUACAUGGUGCGGGAGCAGCACUGCAGGAUGCAAGGGCGAGGGAGCCGCAGUGACAGCAAGGAAAGUCGCAGCCCGGACAGUGCCUGCUCUCUGGGCUACGACAGCAGGGACUCCAGCCUGGAUCGUGUGCGGGAUGAUUCUGCAGAUGUGGAGUCACUGAGCCAGGACAGCUCUGAUGAGGAGAGUAAAGAGACGGGGAAGCAAAAGGCAGGAGUGACGAGCAUGGACGAGGCUCUGAGGACAGUGACCGACACUGUGGACGUCGGUCAAGAAGAUUUCCUCAAGCAGAACUUUGAGACGUUGGAAGAGAGCUGCAGCAUGGCUGAGCAGAGCAGAGUCCCCAGGCUCAGUAUGUCUUCACGCUUCCUGGCCAGAGGACAUAAUAACAGGGGCAUGCCUCCGUUUGGCAAAGUGCACGGGAAGGAACAAGGCAGCCACUCUGCUAAACCCCCUGUGUCAAAAGUUCGGCCCUUGAUGGAAGAUAGCCAGAGCAGAAACACGGAUGAUAAGACCCCCGUGUCCCCGGGCAGGAUGGAGGGGCCAAACAGGGUCGAUGCUCCAGAGAGAGACUGUGCUCCCGUCCUCAGAUCCCUGAAGAAGAAAAGGAGUUCAGGGUUCCACUUGUGGAGGUUGUCCAACCCUCCAUCCAAAGCUCCACUGCUGUCGGACAGUGUGACGGGUUUGCAGAAAUCACACUCUGCCCAGAAUCUGGCUUCAGACCCUCCCCACUCCCCUCUGCCCUCUAGUGACCGAAGGGAGUCGUGCAAGAGACCUCAGCAUCUCUUCCUGAAUCACGACACUCCCAAGCCUUCCUUCCACUUUUCCUCACCCUCCUCCGGCUCCCCCCAGUCACCCCGGUCCCCCCUGCCCUGGGACAGCCCCAAACUCAAACCCCUCCACUCCUACAUGAACCCCACUGCCAGCUCCAUGGCCAAAAGCAGCCGCUCCACCUCCCUGGGAGAGGUGACCCAACCAGGCUCUCCGCCUUGCUCCCCUUCCUUCCUCAGAGUCAGGAGGUCAUGUGGGGAGCUGGAUGCCGCACCUCCCUUGCUCGCUUCAUCUCCUGUCGCCGCUGUCCCCUCUACUGUCUCAUCAACAUCAUCCCGCUCACCGUGUCCUCUACCAAACGGUCCCGCCCCAACUCCUCCUCAUGCUACAGCCACAGUUUCACCCACACCUGUUACCCAGAACAUCCCGCCCUCCCGCAUCCCGCUUCCCAAACAGCCUCUCAGCCCUCGCCGCAGCCUCUGUCUGGAGGCGAUGUCGAGCCUCAGUUGGUCUGGAGACUCAGCGAGGGCUUCUACUCCUAUCAGAGACUCUGACAUCGCACCUACUCAAGGAAGCAGAGCACUGAGCAGGCAUCUAAGUUUGGAUCCGUCUUUGCCAAGUUGUCUACCAGUGAGGCAGAAGAGAGAAUCGAUUUCAGAGAGCGCCAAGGAGCCGUCACAGGUGGCUGUGGCCAAAGAGUGCCCUCUGGUGCCCGAACAGACCCACACAUCACUGAGUGCCGAUCCCCAGCCAGAUCACUCCAUCACCCUGGAAACUUGUAGGCAGGCUGUUUCGGAGCUUCACAACAGUCUGAGGAAAACCGCCAUGCUCUACACUACGGUGCUACAGAGCGGCCAGCAGCCCAGUGAAGAUCAACAAGAAAUGAGGAGCAUCCUGUCCGAGGCUCUGUUCACGGUCAAGGCUGAGCUGGACUCUCUGCCUCACCCCACCUCGCAGUGCGAAGGGCACCGAGUGGACCAAGGGGUCAAAGGUGAAGGAGAGAAGGCCCUGGCUCUGCUGGAGCAGUACGCUGAGCUGCUGCUGAAGUCUGUGGAGAGGAAACUGGACACCAAGAUGUAAGGAGAUGGACUGAUGUUUGCCACGUGGUAGGAGCCAGACGUGUGCACACACAGCAGCACUGUGAAUUGUUAUUUGCACAGAGAUCUUUAGGAACUUUAUUUGUGGACUGAAUGUAGAUGAGAUGUUAUUAUAUGUGCAGGAGCUGAAAGAAAUGAAUCCUGAGUAUUAUGCACUGAAAAAAGUAAAAAGGUUGCCUUAUUUUUUAAGUUGCCAUAGCGCUUCUUUUCUACUUUUUAAAAUCAAAUUUCAUAAACGUAAUGAAUCACAAUUGUUACAAAGGGAGACACCAGAAGGACAAAAAUUAUGAAAUUACAUAAAGAGCACAGGGGACCAAAAAAUUCAUCCUGUGGUACUGGGCAGUGUUUAAGUGAUUGUGUUAACGAUGGUUAUGUUUUGGUACAGGUUAAAACGUCAGAAGCCCCGUUAGCAUCCCCCAGAAGCUGCAGAGUUCAUUAUUUUAUUCCAAAAUAAAAAUGUUAAAGGACAGAAUAAACAAUUUUCUGUAUGACCAGUAGUGAAACUCAACUCCUUAAGGCUUUUGCACAGAGUCAGUUUUUUUCGUCCAAAAUUGUCACACCCCUACAAAUAAAUACGACCUCAUGUUGUGUUAAUCACGUUUGCACACUGAAUCUGAAACUUUCGUCUGUCAUUAAGAAUUUCAGCGCAGGUACGAUUUUCUGCGCUUUUCGGGUCUGUCAGAAGCCUUUAGAGACGUUUGACCAAGACUCGCUGAAGAAUCAUUUCAUAACUCAUACUUUCAGCAGGUCAGAUAGUAAUAUUCAGGUGGAUGAUGAUGAAAAGGAAGAUGUGGAGGACAGAGAGUGAGGACAGCUCCGCCCCUUCGUGCAGCUGCGGUGCCAAAUGAAAGACAGGGAGGGAGUGAUGAAAGCCAGAUAGGUAACUCCAGUGGAGAGAGGCACAGGAGGAAAUUUUCACAACGAAUAAAACAAUGAAACGCAUCAGAAUCAGUGUGCAGGGUUUAAUAGAUUAAAAAAACUGACUCAGUGUGCAGAGGCCUUUAGAGUGGCGUUACAGCAAGUAACAUGGCUGUUAAAAUCCAAAAGCUUUAUGCUGUUUGGUGAUAUUAGUCUGCACAGCCGUUUCCAUGGAAAUAUGUCAGUGUUUCUUGCAUGAAACACUCAUGUUCUGGCCAGCUGAUGACAUGGUUUAGGUUCAUAAAGGUGACCAAAAAUGUAAUGAAUGAAGGGGUUCAUCCUCUGGGGAACAGGAACAUGUAAAUCUUUAGCAUCUUUAGGGCUGAUCUGCUUCUGUUGGGAACUACCUAGAGAUGGACAUGUUAAAGUAUGUUUAAGUGGGAGGUCAGAGGAAGUUAAGUUAAAGUGUGAGGAUAGAAGUGGUGUUGAGAGUUGAGGUAAGUGACAGAUGAUGGACAUGGGAGGAUGUUUUGUUGAGGGUGUGUAAUUCAUAUUUUUGUAUCAAUGGUGUCUCCCUAAUCUCAGAGUACUGUAGCAAUGACACAUUCCUUUAUGUAGAUCAUAACUAGUCUGUCAGUUUAUGUUCUUUAUGUUUUUAUAGUGUUGAUUUUAAUUUUUGUAUUACUCUGAAAGAAUUUUCAAACUGUUUUCUGUAAACAAAUAAACAGU